AGAACUCCUGGCAGUCCUCCUGCCUCAGCCUCCCAGGUGCUAGGAUUAUAGAAAUGCACCACCACACCCAGGAUAAUGCAGUAUUCUUGAGGAUUCCCCAGUCUGAUGGGGACCACCCAAGAUCCUUUGGGGAGACCUAGUCUGUUGGAAGGAGCACAGCAUUACCUGGGGACAGGUCACAUUCAAACUCACAGCAAUCCUCCUAUCUCAGUCUCCUGAGUGCUGGGAUUACAAGCAUGCACCACCACACCUGGCCUCCCUCCCCACUGCCUUUAGGAUAAAAUCUAGGCUCAUAACCGUGGCAUUCAAUACUCUUCAUCCUGGGCAUCCCCACAUGCAACUCAUCUUCCCUUUAACUUCACCUCUGCUCCCACUUCCUGCUCUCCAGUUCUGCCCUGUUGAAAUGCUAGCAGUUUUCUCUACCUGGAUGUCACACCUCUGGGCCUCCUCUGUGCUGCAUCUCACUACCUGUUGCCAUUAUUCCUGAGCUCUGUCACAUCUGAGCUGGCCCCAAGGCAGCCCCUGUGCUCAACGUUGGGUGAAUCAGCUAUUCCAGAAUUUGAAGAGAGCACAUUUCAUUAUGUUCCAUUGUUAUGGGUGUUCCAAAAAUGGAUCACUAGGCAUUGAAGAGUUAAUGAGACCCUGUCUCAAAAUGUAAAUAGGCCUAGAGAUGUUUAGCAGUAGACCAACCCCAGUACUGACACCAAAAAAACCAUUUGUUGGGUUAUCAAGAACCCCAGCCUUGUGUCUCAAUCUCCUGCAAGGCAAUAGGACACAACUGAUAAAGAACAAAAGACACGGAAUCAAGUCUUAAAAAGAAAGUGGGGCUCUAGGAUGGUCUAAGCUGCUCUGGGCAACAAAGACAAAAGGCACCCAAGACUUCCAGUAUUUCCUGAUUACAAGCUUGGGAAGAAAUAGGGCAGGGUAUAUGUGAGGCAUCUGGCAGGCAUCUGGAAAUAGCAGUUAUCACAGGCAAGGCUGUAAAGGGGAGGCACUGCUCUCUUGCAGAGGAAAACAAAUGGAAAUCAGGACUGGGUCAUAAUUAACCAGCAACCCAUCAGGCCAGUGAAGGAGGCCAUAAUUCAGGGAAAGGGAUUUAGUUGGGAUCACACUGACCUCGGCUAGAAGUUAACAGGGCCCUGCAUUUUCACAGACCAUGACUUAGGUCUGCACAGCGGCCAUUGGCAGAGGAACUAUGCUCAUCCAGCUCUGCCAUCUGACAUGCUCGUGUGAGUCACGUAGGCUUUGGUUGGACUCCUAAUAUAAUACAGCUGAAUUCUGGGGAAGGAAGAAGCUUGUAGCACUUAAGCCUGCUUGUAAACCAGGCAAGGGUAUCUUCUACACUGGGUGAACAAACUGGGUAUACAGUUUGGUCUUUUGGAUAGGGAAGCAGUCUACUCUUCUCAAAGCACAAAAACUCCUUCAGAACUUCUUCAUGGUACUAUGACACCUGGAGACAGGAAACAUCUGUGCAGGCUCAACCUUUCAGGGAAGGAUAUGUGUAGGGAGGCUGUUCUAGGAAGACCAGUUUCAGUUUAAUGUAGAGGUGCUUUUUCUUUCCAGGGAGAGUUGGGAUACUUUGAAAGUGGUAAGCUUGCUCAUUUAGGGAUGUGCAAGUGGGUAUGGCCAGCUGGUGGGUUGGCAGCCAGGAGAAGCCUAACAGUCCUGGCCAAACUCCCCCCCCCCAACACACACGCAUACACAUCUAUUUUUUCCCCUUGGUACUGGGAAUCAAACUCAGAACCUUGCACUUGCCAGGCAGGCACAGCCCCACUGAGCUACAUCCCUGGCCCUAUGCAUACACAUCCAUGAAGAGCCCUGAAGGAAAGAGUCUGGGAGAAGAUGGGAGGCUCCCUAGUCUCCAGGGGCUGGGGUAGCCAUUUCCUGCUAGGGUAAGCGGCCUUGGCCUCCGCCAGCCAGGCAGGCCUAUUUAGCAGCCUUGGCCGAUUGAGUGUCCAUGAUGAACCCCUGGGCCCAGAGUGAAUUCCCACCAGCACAGCUCGAAGCACCUGCUGGUCCUCAGCCAACGCCUCUUGGGGACUGACCAGUGGCUGGCUGGAAUGUAGCAGAACCUGAGAACAGGGACCCAGCCCAGGUUCAGGGAUUGGGCUCAGGGAGCCCUAGGUCGGAGCUGGCAGAGCUGGCAGAGCUGGCAGGGACCUUAAGGAUGGAACUCCAGAGGCUUCCGGCAGAGUGUGGGAGGGACUCAAGGACUCAAGUUCAGUCUCAGGAUGGACAAAGAAGUGAUUAAGCUUCCAGGAGCCAGCGGCUGGGCGGAGCAAGGUUGAGACUGACAGGCGAGGAGAGGGGAGAGUGAUUGGGCCAACGGUGGUUGGAUUGCCCAGAGGCCGGAGCGAGAGUGGAGCAGGUGUUGGAGCAAAGGCGAGGUGAAUUGGUCUGGCCGGGUAAUAGAGUCUUGAAGGUCUCCUAGGGAGGGGUGGGCUCAGGGUUCUGCUGGACGCUGGGAAACGGCCUCCCUGGUGGAAGCGCCAGGGCGUCGUGGUCUACUGAGUAAAUCGCGAUCACAGCACGAGUGUAACUGGGGUGCGCUGAAGUCCUGGUUCACCUCGCUCAGCCGCCAUGCGUUGUUCUGCAGCGCAGGAGGAAAGCUAGGUCUGGGGCAUCCAAUGAGUGCCCUGUCUGUGUUCCCCUUCCAGACCCCGAGCUUCUUCAUCCCCAACCCUGGUGACUGCGCCAGGCCAGGCGUCACCCAAUCUUAGCCUCUUGGGGGGAUAGAAGAGCGGAAAGGAGGUGAUGACCUAUUCCAGGGAGGACAGUGCCUGGGGAAAGAAGUUAGGGACUCUGGGAAAGGUCAGAAUUGUUUCAAUCGUGCCCACUCCAGCCCCUCCUCUUCACGUAUCCCAGGCCUCCUGUGUAUUCCCCUGCUAGUCAGCUAUGUCCUGGGAUAACAAAGAUUAUGAAGCCCCUCCGCACAGCAGCCCCUUUUUACUCCACUCGAUACAGGAUAAAGGUCACUUAAAGACCUCGAGUGCGUCCCCAGCAUACCUUGAUGGUGCCAGCGAUGUCCAGCGUCGCUUUCUCGCCCUCUAUAUUCAGCUGCAGCACCUGGGGUCUUUUUUUGUUUUGUUUUGUUUUGGUUUUUGGUACCGGGGAUCGAACUGGGGUCCUUGCGAUUGCGCAGCAGGCGGCGAAACCACUGAACUAAAUCCUCGGCCCCUAAGCACCUGGGGUUUUUACAGUGCAGUUUGAUGGUUGCCUAAGGCGCCCGAGACGCUGGGGAUGGACAGGUGGGCGAGAGCUCAGUGUCCUGGGCCCCAUCAGGGGACCGGAAGAGUUCCACGACUGGACGUCAGGCAGGAGGGCGCCAACUGCUCUGUCCCUUCCCCCUCUCCUCGCGGAGUCGCUUGCUCCUCACUCCAGGGACGCCCCAGUCACAUCUCUCACGGCUUCUCGAUGGAGUUGACCCUACGCAGCAGCAGCAGCCACAGGACCUGAGUUGACUGGGGCCCUGGCAACACGGGUGGGAGCCAGUGACAAUUAGUGUGCAGCACAGCUGGGGCGCCUCCGGACCCCAGAGGAGCUUCGUUCCGACCAGGAUCAGCUCCAAAAAUUCCAUUCUGCCAGCGGGGGUCCAGGGACCCAUCCCGAGUGGCCCUCGACCAGGCAAUUGCAGCUUCCAAAGAGGCCCGGCAGGACAGCUGUUAAGGAGGCCCCUCAGAGGAAGGGAUCACGGUUUCUCAGGCAUUUUCUCAUCUUAUUGCCAGUAUCUCAAAGCGAGGAGCCCUGUCCAAGAGUAUUAAGGAAACAGUUUCAAUGUCUGUCAGAUCAGAAUAAGCUUACCUAAAAACCUUAAACACUUGUUUGGGUCUCAAGAGACACACGAUACUUUUUGGUUUUUUAAGCACUGAGUUGCUGGUAUUCCUGUGACUCAAAAAGAAAAAUAACCAUUUCUUCCCCUGCACCCUGGUGAAUGGGCUGGAAAAGUGUAGGUGUGAAACUGGGAACUGCCUGUUUCCUCCUAUACAUCUGAAGCUUGGGUGGGGGAAAUCCCUUGGUUCACCUUAAAUGCAAGCAGCCGCAGCGCCCCUCUCCCCUCCCCAGCUGGAUCUCCCAGCCUGAGGGCGCCCUCUACCUGGUCCAGUUCUGUGUCCCGCCCAGUAGGCGAAACCCAUCCCCUAUCACUCCAUCCUUUUACCAGGUUUGUGUUGCCUAGCCAAUGACCUGGCCAUUGUUUGGUACUGGGACCAGCAGGGAUGAUUUGGCGGGGGUGGGGUGGGGGGGGUGGUGUACCAGAUAUGGAACUAGGGACCUUUCGCUUUCGAGGCAGGCGGAGGAACCACUGAGCUAAAUCCAGGCCCAAGAGAUGAUUAUUAAGGAUGGUUCUGUCCACUGGGUUUUUAAUCUGGCAAGAGACACACUUAAAACUGGUAAAAUUACAAUAGUUGGCUAAAAUCAUUUGCUGGAGGACUCAUUCAUUUACCUAAUUAUUUGUUUCUUCUAAAUUGCUUACUGAUGCCUGUACUUGCUAGCCUGAUUAAGAAGAUAGCCAGGGGCCGGGGAUUUAGCUCAGUGGUUUCACCUCAUGCUGCACAAACACAAGCACAAGGACCCAAGUUCAAUCCCCGGUACCAAAAAAAAAAAAAGAAGAUAGCCAGGAGCAGGGACAGCAGCAUAGCCCUAUAAUCCCAGCUUUUGGGAGGCUGAGGCAGAAGGAUUUCAGGUUCCAGGCCACCCUUGGCAACUUAGACCAUGUAAUAAAAUUCAAAGAGAGGGUGAGUAAGUCAGUGAUACAGCACCUUUUUUAAAAUGUGCAAGACCCUGGGUUCAAUCCCCAGCACUGAAAAAAACGUUUAGGGUCAUGUCACCCUAGGAGACAAGUGACAGCCAAGGAGUACCUGAGAGGUUUUCUAGCACUUAUAUUAUUGCUGGAUCUGGAUGCUGGUUAAUAGGUGUGCAGUUUGGGAGAAUUCAUUCACCUGUGGAUUUAUGAUAUAUGUGUUUUUCUGUAUGUAUGUUAUAUUUCAACCAAAGGUUUCUUUUUUGGUUUUGUUUUAUUGUUUGUUUUUGAGACAGGGUCUUGCUAUCCAGUUCAGGCUGGCUUUGAACUCAUUAUGUAGCCUAGGCUGGCCUUGAACUCAUAUCGAUCCUCCUGCCUCAGCCUCCCAAAUGCUGGGAUUAUAGGCAUGUACCACACACCUGGCUUCAACAAAGUUUUAAAAUGGGAAACUGCUCCAGCUGAAAGCCUAGGAGAGCAGGGAGAGAGAGGGCUAGGAGUCCAUCCACAACUCUGCCCUUCCGCAGAGGGAUUUCCGAGAGAACCCAAGACUCCUUAAAGUACAGCUUGAAAUCACUGAUCAGUUCCAGCAGAGGCUAAGAGAGGACUGGUGCCUUUCCCAGAGUCCCACUGAGCCAGCACUGGAGCCCAGGUCUCUUGACUCCCAGGGCUAGGCCUCUGGACCCUAUUCCUUUGCUGAAGGACCAGUGGCAUUAGGGAGACGCAGCUAGUCAGUCUCCUCCCCUCCUGACUCCCUGAACUUGGUCUUGGGAGGAGGGCCAAGAUUGGUGUGGAUGAUGCUUUUCUUAUCCUGGAGCAACUUCCUUUCUGGGAACUGGGAGUCUCUUUCUGGGCAAAGACAAUUCAUCCAAAGGCAAGAAGAGUAGGGCUCCUCCUGCCCCCAUCCGGAUGGGCAUCACGUGGCUCCCAGCUAGCAGGCCAGGAAAAUUCCAGCCCUUGCACACUUAGCCUCAUGCACACAUCUGCUCACCCACGCUGGCACUCAGCCUCCCUAACUCACCUUGAACACUCACCACUGCACAAUCCCCAGCACACUCUUUUUACCCUCAGCUUCCACCACUUCUCCCUGGGACGUAUUGCCAGCCUAUCACUCACCUCAAACCUACCAUGUCCCUGGGGCCACUGAAAUUCCAGGCAGUGGGUGAGGAGGAGGAGCAGGAGGAGGAGAGUUUGAACUCUGUGAAGGCACUGACAGCCAAGCUGCAGCUGCAGACUCGGCGGCCCUCAUAUCUGGAGUGGACAGCCAGGGUCCAGAGCCAGGGCUGGAGAAAGGCCCAAGCCAGACCUGGCCCCGGGGGGCCUGGGGCCAUCUGUGGCUUUGACUCGAUGGAUUCUGCGCUUGAGUGGCUCCGACAGGAACUGCGGAAAAUGCAGGCUCAGGACCGGCAGCUGGCAGGGCAGCUGCUGAGGCUGCGGGCCCAGCUGCACCGACUGAAGGUGGACCAAGCAUGUCACCUGCACCAGGAGCUGCUGGAUGAGGCUGAGCUGGAGCUAGAGCUGGAACCUGGGGCUGGCCUGGCCCUGGCUCCACUGCUGCGGCACCUGGGCCUCACACGCAUGAACAUCAGCACCCGACGCUUCACCCUCUGCUGAGGGCCACCUGGCAAGAGGGAAGGCAGGGUGUCUCAGAGGCACACUCGAGUCUCUAAAGGCUAAAUUGAGAUUGCACAAAGCCCCAGCUGGCAAGGGGGAAGGAGGAAAGCUCAGACACCCAAGAUCCUCAAUAAACACCUUCUGCAAUCCAAA